AUUUCUACAAGGAAGUAAUAAUCAAAGAUAAUGAAAGUAAUAAGUUUUGUAAUUUGCUUUGUUCUAAUAUCAUUGGUGUUGGCAGCUCCAACACCAAAUGAUGAAACAAUUGCUGAAACUGUUGGAAGUGAUGAUGUUGCUAACAAUGAAGGAGACACACAAAGUUUUCAUCUAUUAAGAUUACUCGCCAUUCCACUAUUCAUUCUUGGAUAAAAUUUUAAAGAAAAAAGUUAAAAUCAGAAAAUAAAAACAACAAAAUUGUUUAAUA